GUUUUAACAACUUUGUAUGCACACUUAAACGCUCUAAGUUGAUUGUUUUGGACUUGAGUCAUAUUUCUAAAACAGACUGGAUAUGACCCUGUAACCCCUCGUUGCUAGGGGAGCAAGAGGUGGGGCCAUGGCUGCUGGGGCUACAGUCGGGGAGAACCAACUCCAGAGGAUUAUCCGAGAUCUGCAUGAGGCUGUUGCAGACCUUGCAAAGGAGUACAGGGAAAGUGGGGAGCCAAUUACAGAUGACAGUACCAAUCUGCACAAGUUCUCCUACAAACUGGAGUAUCUACUACAGUUUGACCAAAAGGAAAAGACAACAUUUCUGGGUACCAAGAAAGACUACUGGGAUUACUUCAGUGACUGUCUGGCUAAGAUCAAAGGAGCCAAUGAUGGUAUCCGUUUUGUCAAAUCCAUCACUGAGCUGAAGACAUCUCUGGGGAAAGGACGCGCAUUUAUUCGAUACUCCCUUGUCCAUCAACGAUUGGCUGACACGUUGCAGCAAUGCCUGAUGAACCAGAGAGUCACCAGUGAUUGGUACUACGCAAGAAGCCCCUUCUUGAAGCCCCACCUGAGUGUCGACAUAGUCAAUCACUUGUAUGAGUUAAAUGAUGUCCAGUUUGAUGUGGCUUCUAGAGGCCCUGAUCUGGAUGCCUCCUGGCCAACGUUUGCAAGAAGGACACUGGGAAGUGCAAAUUCCCCUGGCCACAUGUGGAAACCACCCAGUCGCAGUUCUAGUAUUAACAGUCUGGCUAGCACCUACUCUCAGCAAGCCCAUGAAUUUCCUUCCAGCCCUGACUAUGGACACGGUCUUUUAAAUGAUCUGAAUGUGUCUCUGCCUGCCUGUUUGGAAGAUGUAAACACAGUCGAAGCACUUCGCUUGGAGCUGGACCAGUCAGAGCUUAAGCAGCAAGAGCUCCUUGAUAAGGUGCAUCAGCUGGGUGAGGAGGCCUCUGAACUCAGGGGAGUAGUUGUGGAGCUUCAGAGACAGCUUGAUGUGUCAUUUGCUGCCCAAGAGGAGCAGAGGAGCUUGCAGGGAGAAUUCAAGGCUCUGCAGGGGAAAGAGGAGGCCCUGUCCAGAGAGGUGGAAGCAUUCAGGACUGAAGAAAAAGGCAGGAAUGUUCAACAGGCCUUACUUCAGGAGAAGCUAGCAGCAGCUGAAGGCAAAAACAUAGAGCUCAUGGCCAAGUUGGAUGGUAUUUUGAAUGAGAAGGGCCAACAGGCAGCGAGUUACUUUGAUUCAGCACAGAAGAUUCACGAAUUGUUAGACAGUUUGAAAGAGGCAGAGAAAGGGAAAAUGGAGGCUGUAGCUGAGAUAGAGGAGAAGAAGAGGCAGGCAGAAAGGUUAGAGAAGGAGCUAAGAGUCAAGGAGGCAGCAGCAAAGGAUGGUGAAACAAAACUUGGAGCAUUAAUUAGAUCAGGGUCUGAGGAAAAGUCCAAGUUGGAGGCAAAAGUAGAAGACCAGUGCAGGACACUUGAAAAGCUGCAGGGGGACUUGACUUUGAGAGAGAAAGAGGUAAGUAACUUACAGAGGCAGCUGAAGGACCUCCAAAGAUCUCAAGAGGAGAAAGAGAAGGAAUUGGAAGAGGUGAAAAAGAAGGCACAGGAAGAUAUAGAUGAGAUACAGAGGAAUACUGGAAGUUUGAAAAAGUCUUUAGAGGCAGACAUAGCUGCCCUUACACAUCAGCUUCAGAGCAAAGAGGCAGAGCUAAGCUGUAACCAUGAGACACUUAAGCAUUUAGAAGCUAAGAACCAGAGCCUGACAAUGGAAAUAGACAAACUGACCACUAGUCUCACUGAGCAUGAGAUUAAGAUCAAAAAACAGGCAGCAGAGAUGGAAGACUACAAGAUGGAGUGUGCCAGUCUAACAGAGUUAAAAGGGAAGCUGAUGGCCACUGUGAAGGAGCUGCAAAGUGAGAUAACUGAAAACAGAGCAGCCCUUGAGGCUGAAUUAGCAGCUCUAAGGGCUUCUGAGAAACAACUUAGAGGCCAGCUGGAUGAUACCAAGAUGACAGUGGAUGAAAAGGAAAAGAGACUGCGUGAAGAAAACUGCAAGCUGGAUGAGAGCCUGCAGCGAGCAACAAUGGCUGCAAAGCUAUCAGAGGCGACGUCAAAGCGGCUGGAGCAGGAGAACCUGAGUCUACGAGAAGAGCAGGACACUGUGAAAGCAGCUCUCAGUCGUAUGCAGGCAGACUUGAAAAACGUUCAUGGGCAGAUCAGUGAACUGGAGAAGAACCUUGGAGCUGCACACAAAAACGAAGCCAGUCUUAAAGAGCAGCUCCAAGCCAAAGAGGCCCAGUUAGGCAGUAAAGAGAAGGACCUUGUUAAGUUGACGUCUACAUUAAAAGCAUUAGAAGCGAAGGAGAAGGAGCUUGAGACUGCUAAAUCCAUUGCAGAGGCAACUUGUGCAAGACAGUCAGAGAUGAUUGAAAGAGCAACAAAUGAGAAGCAGGCAAUGGAAGUAUCACAACUGGAGAGGAGCGCAGUCCAAGCCAAGGAGAACCAGGAUUUUAGUGCCAAAUUAAUGGUGGUUGAAGGCCAAUUGGAGGUUAGCUUGAAAGAGGUGUCCAGACUCCAGGCAGAGAACGUGGACCUCAAGGUGCAGGUGCAGAGAUCUGAAGAGGAAAAACUAAAAUCCCAAGCACAGCUGGAAGUGACAGAUGCCCAAAGAGAUGAGUUCAGGUCUCUUACUGAGCAGCUUAAAUCCCAAACAGAGGCGCUGAACCAAAGGCACAUAGCAGAGCUCAUGGAGAGCAAAAGGAAAGAACAGGCUCUCAUUGAACAGCAUGAUCAAGAAGCAGCUGCCUAUGCUGAGUUGGCCAUCUCUGCAGCUGCCAUGCGAGAAGAACUGUCCACCCUCAAAGCAGAAAACAGUAGGCUGGCCUUAGAAAACAAUGAGACCCGUGAGGGUCUUCACAGAGCAAACACUGAGAUGGCAGAGUUGGGAAUGACCAUCUGCAAGCUCAGCGCAGAGAAGGAGGAGGCCAGAGAACAUUCGGCCGGCAACACUGCUAAGAUUGAAGAACUAGUGAAAGAGAUGGGGCGAUUGAAGGAGAGCACAGAGGAACUGCGGUUGGAAAAUAACCAUCUACAAGAGGAGUUAGCACAGAGGGAGACGCUUCCGGAGACUAUCACAGAACUUCAGGAACAACUGGAAAAGACAAAGAAACAAAUGCAAAGCAUCAAGGACUGCUGUCGAGAAGAGAUAGAGGCUGUCAAGUUCCAAAUGAGCUCAGAGAGCAUGAAUCACCAGGUCCAGAUAAAGAGUGUGAAGGAACAGCUGGACAAGGGGAAAAUCCAGCUGCAGGAGGAGCAGAAGAACGUGUCGAACUUGCAGGCCAGAGUGUCAGAACUAGAGACUAUGAAUGAGGAAUAUUUUCAGCUAAUUGGAGAGAAAGAUGCUCACAUCUCAAAGACAGAAGCAACCAUUCGUGAGAAUGAACAUGAGAUUCAGCAACUAAGAAACACAGUAACAAGUGUUGAGGAGGGACACUUGGCUGUGCAAAACGAGUGUGAGGAAUUGAAGCAGAAAUUGAAGGCAACAGAAGCUGACAGGCAGAGCCAAUAUCUGAAGCUGACUGCAGAGAUCGAUGACCUGAACAGAACCAAGACCAGACUUGAAGAACGCCUCAUUGAGCUUAUAAAGGACAAAGAUGCUCUGUGGCAAAAGUCAGACGCUCUGGAGUUUGAGCAGAAACUGCGAGCAGAGGAGCGCUGGUGGUUGGUAGAUAAGGAGGCCACACACUGUCUCGGCUGUCAUGGUCAGUUCACCUGGUGGUUGCGCAGACAUCACUGCAGGCUUUGUGGCCGCAUCUUCUGCUACUACUGCAGCAACAACUUUGUCAUGACCAAGCACAGUGGGAAGAAGGAGCGCUGCUGUAGGGACUGCUACACCCAGCACAGUGCAGUGGUGGAGAGGUUCACAGAGGCAGAGCUGAGUCCAUCAGAUGUGCGACCACCUCCACCUGGAGCAGGUUCUCAGCCACCUCCUGAACCAGCUCCAUAUAAACCCACGCCCAGGGUCACAGUUUCAGACCCUAGUAAUACAUCUGAUGAUGGAGCUUUUGAUAUCAUCACAGAAGAGGAGGUGAAUGGCGUCUACGACAGUGAUAGCACCUCUCAGACCACAGGAGGUUCCCUGGAAGGAGAACAAGACCGAAGACACCAAGGAGGACUGGAAAUAGGCACAGGAGAUGUGACUCCUGGUGAAGAGCAUGUUCCCACUGUUCAGGAUUCAGAGAUUAAUCUUCUCAAAUCAGGAGAAGUCACAAUGGCUGUCCCCCUCAGCACUGAUGAUAUUUCUCAGUUUGGCGAUGGUUCCAGGGAGCUCUUCAUCAAGUCCAGCUGUUACAGUGUCAUCACUGUUGCUGUGGGUAACUGUGGGCCAACUAUCAGCUGGAUGUUUUCCUCUGAGCCCAAGAGUAUCUCUUUUAGCGUGGUUUAUCGGGAGUCCAGUGAGACUCAAGUGGAACAGUCAAAGGUCCUGAUUCCUCUGACUCGCUGCAAUUCCCAUAAAGAAACCAUUCAGGGACAACUGAAAGUCCGGCACCCCGGCUUCUACACACUCAUCUUUGACAACUCCUUUUCUCGGUUCAUUUCAAAGAAGGUCUUUUACCAUCUGACCAUGGAGAAGCCCAUAAUCUACGAUGGAAGUGAUGGCCCCUGACUGCAGUCUGCAGAUUCUUCCUCUUCCUUUCACAUAUAAACCAAGUGUUUUAUGUUUUUAGAAAUGUGUGUUAUUUAAUUCCUAUUUUUGGUGGUUUGAAGUGUGCUUUAAGUAGACCAUUGUCAAAAAAGAGGAAGGAUGUUUUAAAAAAAUAUCUGUUUAAUCCUGUUUACACACACGCACAUAUUUAUAUAUCGUGUUUAUCUAGUUUAUUUAGAGAGACUUGGUAAUUAUAUUUUUGUCUCUGUGGUUUUGUUGGACCUGGUUUUAGUUUGGCCUUUUUUUUCCCAGAUAUCUUAAAUCAUCAAGAAAGAUAAUUUGUAUGACUGUAGUAACACUACAAGUAACGCAAAUACCAUAACAAAAAAAUCUGCUGCGGACAGAGCAAAUAUUUUUGGCAAAAGUUGUCUGUGAACACACACAUCAAUGGCCGGUUUUAAUAAUUUGUGCAAUCUUUGUAAUUAUUCAUAAAUUAAUUUAUCUAAACACUGCUGCUACCAGAGAAAGGAAACAAAAACCUAAGUAAAACUGGUAAAAAAGGAGUUUUUUGCUUUAUAACAAAGCCUCAGCUUUGUGCAAACCUCAGGAUUGGAACGUACAGGUGUUCUAACUUAAUGUUUUUGGGAAAACAAAAUGAAAAAAAAAAUUAUGUUUUACUGUCUGGGUAAGGAGACCAGCACACCAGCUUUUUCCAUCCAGUUUACUGAAUCACAUCAACUGUUUGUACUUAGACAUGCUGACCUUUUUUGUCAUAACAAUGGCCGUCAGUCGUAGUGUACUACUGGCUGUCAGCUCGAGUUACUGUGCUUCUAAAGUGCCUUUGAAUUCUUAUUGUACGACGUUUCUUUGCUUUUUAAAAUUGUUUUAAUCUUUGUUUUCGGCACAAAACAUGAAACUUGGAAUUACUUUGUAUGAUUCUGUAAAAAAAUCAUAAACACCAGAAUCACAUUAUACACAAUUUAUUUACUCAGUUUACACAAUCAAUUUAUCAGUUAAAGAUUUAAUUAAAAUUCUCCUAAUGUUGUCUUAGUUUUCAAUAAAACCCAUCUUAUUUUCUUUUUUUACUCCAAGCAAAGCAAUAAGAAAAAAUUUGGGUCACUUUUUAAACUCAAUGCUUUAGCACGUAGCAUGAAACUUUCUCUUUUUUACUUCUGUGUUUCAUCUAGGCCUCUUAUAGUUUUAAAAGUGGUAAAAUCUAUGCAAAUUGUAUGCAAAUCAUAUUUUCUCUACAGAACUGCACUUUUUGAUAAUUAUUUUUAAUUGUUCCAAAUAAUAUUAGAUCAGUUAGAUUUAUAUGAUCUUUUUCAUUUAUUUCACACAAGUACAGAUUUUUCUACUUGCUCUUUUUUUAUCGUUGUCAGGGGAGUAAAAUGCACACAAAUCAUUGCAACAUGUACUGAGUGUAACUGAUGAGAGAUGACACCAAGUAAACAUGAAUAAAAUGUGAGAGUGAUGAUGUCUGACAUACAGUGA